GCUUUUCGCUCUGACAAUCAUACAUCAUCGCUGCAAGCGUGUCGCUGUCUUGUUGUGUCUUGUCUUUCUUUUCCCAUCCACACUUUGAAGCCUCGUGUUUCAUCUGAUGACAAUCCACACUUGACGACUUUGCUCGCUCCACAAGCCCCAACUCGUCUCGUCCCCAGUCUGCGAUAGCCACCCAAGUCAGACACAGCCUGGCACACUGCAUUGCUGCACCUGCACAUCGAUACCUGCACACCGAUACGCACUGCACACAAGUCCAACCAUGGCGUCAACUCCCUCAGAAGAUUCGGGCAGUCCGCUUCCCUCGCCAUCGUCGGUAGCCUCUCCUCCAGAAUCACCAGAGGUCGACCGUCCCCCGAUGUCGCCUCACUCCUUCUCGACACCAGCCGCUCCCACUGCAGCAAACAUGACCUCGUCGUCGACUCCCCUCGGCAAUGUCAAUGCUGCACGAAGACCUGCUCCUACCGUCAGCACAUUGGGCCGUGGAGGUGCUGUGAACCCCGACAUUAUAGCAAGAAUGAAGGCUUUCCAUUUGAACAGACAAGGUGCUCCCGCUCCAGGCCGUGGUCCUGUCACCCCCGGCGCCACAACUCCUGGCGCUGGAGGCCCAUCUCCUACAGGUCCUCAGAUGCCCGGUGGUCUUCCCGCUAACUUCCGUCUACCACCCGGUGUUCCCGGCGGUCGUCCUGGCCCGCCAAGUUUCGCUUCCUCUCCUAACGUGGGUGGCAGAGGUCCUUCGCUCGCCGAGAAGCGUGGUAUGAAGAUGCCUGGAGGUCUCCCUGGUGCUGCUCCUCCAGCAGGUGCACCAGCUGCCGGCGGCAGACAAAAACCUAGGAUGACUUUGUCGGGCAUGGGUGGUGGUGCUAACGGUGACUCUGCCCCACCAAAGCAAGAGUCCGCAAUGGACAGAUACGCCGAAUACAUCGACAAGGAAACCGGCAGUCUGAAGUUCAAGGGCAAGGCCAUUCUCAACAGCAAAGGAGUUCAAUUCUCAUCCGGUCAAUCAUUCCAGAUUUCGCUGGACGAAGUCGACACAAUCGAUGAACUGGGCAAAGGAAACUACGGCACAGUCUACAAGGUCCGUCAUUCAAGACCGCAAAUGCGCAAGGUCGGUCAAGGUCUAGCCGGUAACAAGAUUGGACCUGGCGAGACAAGAGAUGAGACGGCCGCCCCUCGCGGAAACACGACAGGCAUCGUCAUGGCCAUGAAGGAGAUGCGUCUUGAACUUGAAGACUCCAAGUUUGCGACCAUCAUCAUGGAGCUUGAUGUUCUUCACCGCUGCGCCUCUCCAUUCAUUGUCGACUUCUACGGUGCCUUCUUCCAAGAAGGAGCUGUCUACAUCUGUAUGGAGUUCAUGGACGGAGGUUCAAUGGACAAGCUGUAUGGUGACGGUGUACCUGAGAAUGUCCUCCGCAAGGUCACUCUCGCAACAACACGCGGCCUCAAAUCUCUCAAGGACGAACACAACAUCAUUCACCGCGACGUCAAGCCGACGAAUAUUCUGAUCAACACCGCUGGUGCCAUCAAGAUUUGCGAUUUUGGUGUCAGUGGAAACCUGGUCGCCUCGAUCGCAAAGACAAAUAUUGGUUGCCAGUCUUACAUGGCCCCUGAACGUAUCAGCUCUGGAGGUGUCGCUCAAGCCGGUGCCAACCCUGGUGGCGGUACCUACAGUGUCCAGAGUGAUAUCUGGAGUCUGGGUUUGACCAUCAUCGAGUGCGCCAUGGGCAGAUACCCCUACCCACCCGAGACAUAUGACAACAUCUUCAGUCAAUUGAGUGCCAUUGUCGAUGGAGAGCCCCCAGAUCUUCCCACCGGCGAGUUCAGCGACGCAGCACGCAACUUUGUUGCAGGCUGUUUGAACAAGAUCCCCAAACUCCGACCCACAUACGCCAUGCUGCUUCAACACGCAUGGCUCGCCCCGCUCAUGAAACCCGACAUCAUUUCCGAAGAGGAUGAAGAGGCUGCAGAAGCCGCCGACGCCGACCCCGCACAAGGCGAAGGUAUUGCUGCACCCGAGAGCGACGUCGACGCCGCAUCCAAAGCACAGCAAUACGGUGACUCGGAGAAGUGGGUCGACCGUGAGGUUGGUGAAUGGGUCCGCGGACAGAUCGAGAAGAAGAGAAACGGCACAUUGGGCAAGAAGGCCAAGCCUGCACUACACGCCGCACCACUUGAUGCUACCUCGAGUACCAAAUCAAACAAGGGUGCAGUGGCAGUAUAAGAGCUGGAGAUGCAACGAAAGAAGAAGGACCAACACCCAGGUCGAAACACAACCACACAACAUGCAUACAUUUCUGUUGAAAAGAAACGAAAAGAGAGGGAGUUCCCUCGACAUCACGUAUGAGAAAAGAGACACGAGUUUUAGCAAUAACCCUUUUUCAUUUUUUUCAUUUGUUCUAUUCCUUGGUUGUACACAUACUGAGAAGUAUGUGGCAGGAAGAGAAGGUCGAGGGGAUACACAUGUACAUUUGCAUAGGUCGGGCAGCGAUCCCUUUCUUCUCCAGACGAGAGGAAGAAGUAUGAAACGAUGGAAUUUUUCUUG